UUGCUUCCACCGCCUUUCAAAAUUUCGUCUCCAACUCGGUUCUCUGGAAAUUCCUCUCUCUCUCUCUCUCUCUCUCUCUCUCUCUCUCCAUUUCUUCUAAAUGCUCCUUUUCCUUCUCGCUGAUCAAUUUCGGAAAUCGCUUCUUCAAUUUUUGAAUUGCAGGACGGAGCGAGGAUUGGGCGGGGACGAUGACGAAGAAGGCGUUUCAGCCGCCGUUCUCCGUGCAUUACGUGUUCUGGUUGGGCUGGAAGAUCCUGAUCGUCCUCUCUGUCUCUCUCUGCGUGCUGGCUCUUCUCCGAAUCCAGCGUUACUCUCAGCCGCCUCUGUCUUCUCGAGUGUCUAAUCUUGAGUUCCAUGGGACGCCGAAGGUUGCGUUCCUGUUCCUCGCUCGCCGGAACCUGCCGCUUGAUUUUCUCUGGGGGAGCUUCUUCGAGAGUGCUGAUGUGGCGAAUUUCUCGAUAUAUGUUCAUUCGGAGCCUGGUUUUGUGUUUGAUGAAUCGACGACGAGGUCCGUCUUCUUCUAUAAUCGGCAGUUAACUAGUAGCAUUAAGGUGGGAUGGGGAGAGGCGACUAUGAUUGAAGCUGAGAGGUUAUUACUAGGAGCAGCCCUUGAGGAUCCCGCAAAUCAGAGAUUUGUUCUGUUGUCAGAUAGUUGUGUUCCUUUGUACAACUUCAGCUUUAUAUACAGCUAUUUGAUGGCUUCUCCAAGGAGUUUUGUUGACAGUUUUCUUGACAAAAAGGAAGGUCGUUACAACCUGAAGAUGUCACCUGUUAUACCAAAGAACAAGUGGAGAAAAGGAUCCCAGUGGAUUUCCUUAGUUCGGAGCCAUGCAGAAGUUGUUGUGGAUGAUGAGAUGAUCAUUUCUGUCUUCAAGAAGUUCUGCAAGAGACGCCCACCGAUAGAUGCAAGCAAGGGGAAGCAGAAUGUUAAACUUCAGAAGCAGCAUAACUGUAUCCCAGAUGAACACUAUGUUCAGACGUUAUUUGCAAUGAGGGAUCUUGAACUGGAACUUGAAAGAAGAACAGUUACCUACACCUCAUGGAAUCAAUCUGCAACAAAUAUGGAAAGAAAAGGUUGGCAUCCUUUCACAUUUGGCUAUGCUGAUGCAGGCCCUCAACAAAUCAAACGACUAAAGGAUAUCACGCAUAUCUACUAUGAGACGGAGUACCGGACAGAGUGGUGCACCAAUAACCUUACUUCUGUUCCCUGCUUUUUAUUUGCGAGGAAGUUCUCUCAAGGUGCUGCCAUGCGUCUUCUGAGCGAAGGUGUGGUCGCUCCUUUUGAUGCGUCUUCAUUAUUAGAUACAUCAUCGUGAUUUUGAUCGAUCCCCUGAUCUUCUGUAUCUGACGACGGAUUAGCUGACCAUCAACACAAUAUAUAUAUAUAUAUAUAUCUAACCCGAGAAAGAGAGAUUUGGGGCAACAAACAGACUGCCCUUCAGAGUUAUUACAUAAAUGAUUUGAGGGGGAGUUUUGACACCAUAACGUGACAAGUUUAUAACCGAGCAACUUAGUUUAACCCCUAGUCUGGGACGUAGGUUGGAGAAGAUGCUGUUGGAAGUUGAAGUUUCUGACCCGCUUGAGCUCUUUGAAUCCCUACUCUUAGGAUGGCUGGAUUUAGUCCUCGUGUAAUUCAGUCUUUAUGCAAGUAGAAAGGAAAACGCCUUUUUGCCUCUUCUUUAAAUGCUUGUUAUCAAAUGUAAUAUGCGGCUUUUGGAAGAAGCAGAGGCAGGCCAUUGUUAUGGCGAAUUAAGCUUUCAUGUUUAA